UACCGUCUGGAGGGGCUUUUAGCUUUGCUUUGUUUAGGCCCAACGAAGCCUGGACAUCUACUUCGACGAAUCCGCGAUUAGAUUCGUAGCACUGUGAACUCAUUUUUCUGAGCUUUUGAGUGGGCUUAUACUUCUCUGAUUUUAAUUAACUGAAGAACCAUGGCGGACACUUCCUGCUCUGACUCAGAUCUUGACAGACAUGCAGGUAGCAAGAAUGUCAAAGAUGAUCAGAGGGAACUUCUAACAGCUGGUUCUACUGCUCUCUUGAACAACAGUCCACAGGAUGCAGUUUCAAAUUACUCAUCUGUUUUGGAAAAGAUACCCUUUAAAUCUAGCCUGAAAAUGCCCAUAGCACAGGUGAUUUUAAGAUAUUCAUUGUGUGUUGCAUUAAUUAAGUGCAAUGACUAUCAAAACAUUGCCGAUGCUGCCGAAUACCUGAUGGAACUGAUUGAUUCUGGUUAUGCCUCUAAAUUUCCUGCCUUAUAUCUUGCCUUGGCUAGAGCUUUUUACUCCUUGAACAGGUUCAAAAAAGCUUUGGAAAUUGCAGAGAAAGGUUUGAAGUCAAUUCAGAAUAUGUCGAAGGUUAAACACCACUCAUGGCCAGGCCUGCAGCAAGUAAUUGAAGAAACCAGCAAAGACUUUUUACAUAAAGAAUUACUUGCUCUUCAAAAAGAUUGCAAAAAUAUCAAACCGCCUGAUGCUCUUUGCCUUUAUGAUAAGUGCUUAGAGUAUAGUUCUCACAUAGUUCCUGCAAGGGAGAUAUACUUCUCAGAUCCGGAUUUUAAACCAUUUAUUCUUUUACAAUGUGGUGCAAAAUGUCAAUUUGCGUAUCAUAAUUCCUGUUGGGAACAUCUUAAACAUGUUAAUUCGUAUCUGGAGGAACCAAAGGAUUUACUUGACAUGCCUUGUCUGUCUGAGAAAUGUUCAUCUGACAAAGAUAAUGGUUCUGUAAUUGUAGAAACACAAUUAAUUGGUCCUGAAGGAUUUAAGAAACCGUUAAUGACUUGCCAUAGUUUACCAGGUAACACCUCUAAUUCAACGCCAGUUUCACAAUCGGGAUCUUCAAGCAAGUCUUUUGUGAAAAAGCCAUCCGUUCCGGCCAAAACAGGAUGGCAAUCAAAUAACGCAAGAAAAGUACAAGGAGCACCCAUAGUGGUCCAAUCUCGGUUCACACCUACUGUCAUUUCAAGGCCUUAUGCAUCACCAGCUCCAGCUCCUUAUAUUUUUUAUGGAAGUCCUCCUUGCUUUUACCAACCCAUUCCACCUUUCCAAGUGCCACAGCAACCCCCUUCUUUCUAUCAAGUGCCACAGCGACCCCUUGCACCCUUUCUGCCUCAGCAACGCUUUGUGGUACCUACUAAUCCAACUCCCCAUCAAAGGAAUUGUGUGGAAGUUGUGGUGAACAAAACAUCUGUGCUCAACCAAGGCACAACCCUCUUUAUUCCUUUGGCACCUGGGCCAGUUCAAAUAGAACAGCCUAGCAUCUUAAGUGAUUCUGCGACAAGGGUAACAGAAAUACCACAAGACUCACAAAAAGAGAUGAAAUCUGUUGUAGAGGACUUUAAAAAAGUAGUAAGGCAAUUAGCUGGAUGCCCUUCUCAAAAGAUGUCUUCUUCCACUUCUCCAACUUCUUUUGUUUCUGAAGAAGUAGCAAUGAAAGAUGUGGUAGCGGACUUCAAAAAACUUGUUCAUGGAUUAGCCAAUGAGAAAAGCAAGAAGAAGUCAGAUGAAGAGGCAGGAGGAGAUAUUAAUAACAAUAGUAUAUUGCAGGCAAAAUCAAAAGUAUCUCAUUUUAAGGAUGAGCAGAGCUCUCGAGAACCUUUACUUUUAUCACCAUCUAUUAUUAACACAUUCUGCUCAUCGGAAGAGGAUCUAACCUGUGAAACUCUUAAUAGUUCUAAAUGCGACACUAUUCUGGAAAUCCUUAAGCGUUGUCGGUCUAUGAAAUUUGGUUACUCAGAUGAAGAAUAUAUGAAUCCUGAAUUACAAUGUUUUGGCCACCCUUUUGCCGAGUUUUCAUCUUAUGUUGGUCCAAAUGAAAUAGAUGAUGAUGAUACUGUACAAGCUGAGUUUGUAUUCUCUUAUUAUCAGUCUGUUUUUGACAAAAAUGGUCACGACAGAAUUGAAGAUCUGCAAGAAAAAUGGAAAACAACAAUCAACAAUGAUUUAGGGCUUCCAGAGACUUUUACUGACAAAUACUCUAGUGUUUCAGAGUUUCUUUUAAGAUCAGAACGGUUUGCUGCGAUAGAUGAUAUUAUUGGAACAUCUGAUUUACUUCCGGACAUGUUUUCAAAUGCAGAAACUGAGAUAACUCAGAGUGUGUCAUACCUUUUGUUUUCACGACAAGUCUCACAUACACAUAAAGAAGACAAACAAUUUUCAACCGAUUCAUUCAAUGAUGCUUGGAGGACCAAAAUUAACAAUAAUAACUGUGACACCAAUUCGCAAUUAAGCUCCUCUUUGUCUGCUUAUGUUGAUUGUACAUCUGACCGCUCCAGGGAAGAUUCAGAUUUAUAUUACAGAUCAGAAUCUGAUGUCAGUAUCAGUGACAAAGACAGUAAUGACAAUCCAGUCUCUGUUACAUCUAAAACUAGCUGUAUGAACUCAAAUGUGAAUGGCGAACUUAAACCCACAUCUGAACCAUUUGUACCACAGAGCUCCAGCAUAUCAAAGUCUGAUGUGGUGUAUAUGAGUGAUGAUGAUGAAGAAAUUGACCACAGUCUUGUAGACUUGCCCGAGGAAAGGUCAGCAUGUCAAGGUGAAAGUGAUGUGAUGUCUUCUCUUGCUGCUCAGAAGUGGAGCGAGGGGAUUAACAAAGUCGAUACAGCUGAAAAGGAUUCGCAAACUGAAGAUGUUUUGGAUCCAGAGAAAGUUUCUUUAAUUAAGGAAAAUCAAUCGUUGAAGAAGCAUUUAUCAGGGCUGGCGUAUGAGAAAGAUGAGCUCCAUCAAAGAAUUGAAUCCUUGCAAGUGCAAAUGGAAAAUGCCCAGGCAACUCAAGAAUCUGAACAUGAAAAAACUUUACAAAAAGUUCAGAAGGAACUGGAUUUAAAAAUUAACUGUAAAGACAAGGAAAUAAUGGAGAUUGAAAAGAAAUGUUCUGGCCUGGAACAGGAUUCAAAGAGGUAUCAAGAAAUUGUUGAAGAACAUGAAAAGAAAAUAGCUGACCUUGAGGCCAUGAUGGAUCAAACUCGGAGAAGACAUGCAAAGGAAAUAAACAAUUUUGAAAAGCGAUUGCAAGUCGAAAAGCUGAACAAAGAGCAGGAGUUCAUACAAUUGUUGAAGAAUAAAGAUCAAAUGUAUAUACAGCUGUGGAAAGAAUUUUGUGAUUUUAAAUUCAAAAAGUUUAGACAAGCCUGCAAUGAUAAAAUUAAUGUGCUUCUUAAACUCCAAGAUAUUAUGUCUGACACUGUUAGACCUACAAAGGCUGAGAUUAAGUCUGCUAUAGAUUCGAUUGAAGACGAUAUGAUAGCCCAUAGUCAAAAAAAUAGUGAUGUAAAUAGUAUAUUCAACCAAGAACUUGAGAAUUUAAAGAAUGGCAAAGACAUUCAGCUACCUUCGGUGGUUGAAGUACCAGACACACCAAUAAAUUUGCAAUACGAAGGAGCUUUUGAUUACAUAAAAUCUUUACUGAAGCCAAAACAAGAAGACUAUGCUAUGUCUCGAAACUAUCCUGUAUCCAAAUUUUAUCCAUCUAGACCUUUCGCUUCCAAUGGAUUACAGGCAUUGUCUCAGACCAGGGAAGCUGAGGGAUUCCCUGCGAUGCCUCCCUCUUCUCUCUUUGGACAGCCACAAAAUGAAACAUCCAAUUUAUGGAAUAAUACUUAUCCAACGCCAAAUCCCAUACACUCUGCAUUGCCUUUUGAUGUUGGCAGUACCAAUGGUACCCACAUUCCUCUUCCGACCUUUGGAGCAAGUUCUAUGAUAACACCUCAGCCUCAACUCAGCACCCUGAUGCCCCAGAUGAUGUCAUACCAGCAGUCUAGUUCUCAGAAUCCAUCUGUUCAGUCCAUGAUUGGCCAAUCUCGCUCAACUCCUAGUCCGCUACCAUUCCCGUCAAUGAAUGGAAGUGCGUUUAACCAAAAUCUCUCAGCAGCUGGUGCCAUUGGGUCAAAGCAAUCAGCCCAGGGUUCCUUUCCAAAACCUGUUUCUGCACCCAAUACUACAGCUGUCAAGAGCCCUACACCUGUUCCAUCUGCAGCCCCUCCUGCUGCAGCACAACAGGCACAGUCUUUACUAGUGCAACAGGGUGCAAUUCCAAAGCCCAGAGUUCAAACUGCUACUGCUUCAAUGACUCCUAUUGUACCAACCAAGCCCCAAGUUCGUCCCCUUGUCAAAGGCACAAAGAGCGAGUCCAAUUAUGAAAAGUUGAUGAGGAAUCUUCAAAAAAUGUUCCCGAACAGAAAUGACAUGGAGCUCACUCAAGCAUUGAAAAUGGCUCGAUACCGAAAUGGAAAUACACUUUCGUCACUCACCCACUCUGAUAUUGUUGGCAAAGUUCAAGAGAUCCUCAAUAAACAGAGUAAACAGACUUCCAUGGGUUGGGAAAAGUUUGGUCAGGCUGCUUGGGGAACAGCUAAAGCACCCAUUGUUGAAUGGGAGGGAGGUGAUCAAGAUGAGUGUUGCAUUUGUAUGACCUCCAUGAGUGCCAAAGAAGUUUAUUCACUUGAAUGCAAGCACAGUUUCCACAAAGAUUGUAUUAGGAAAUGGCUUUUGCAGGACAGUGUGUGUCCAAAUUGCCGAACUCAUUCGACUAUGUUGGAUGAAUUUCCACCAUUGGGCUGAAGAUCUACCUUUGCAGUAACCACCAAACUUAUUUGCUUCACAGUGAGUUGUGAAUUACGAUUUCCUAAUCCAGGCUUGUAUCAAGCACAGUAUUUAAGGUCAAAAGACUUUUAUCUGUGUACUUAUAAUUUAUGAGGUUUGUAAUUUCAUUUCCUUUGCAGUAUUUACAAAAAUCUGUUGUCCAUCCCAUUACUGUUAAUUUACUAUCUUUGUAUGUUCUUCCAUUUGUUUGGAUUUCAAAAUUAUAAGUGAAUUGCUUCCCUGUAUCUUUAAACAUUCCUUUACCAGACAUUAAUAGUCUAUGCUUACUUCAGUAACUGUACAAUAACAGAUUAAUGAACCGGUAUCUCUGGUGUCUAUUUUUUUCUGUUUCUGUCUGAAAUUAGUGGUUUACCAUACUACUGUAUUAAUAGAUCUUAGAUCGUAUCAAAUUAUUUUAUUGUAGACAUGUUUUUCCUAAACUGCACCAUCAUUAAGUAUAGUUAGUGACUGAUGUAUACUAUAAGUACAGAAAAUUCUGUUAAGAUGUUUUAUGUGCCUAUCAUGUAUGUGUUGAGUUAAAAACCCUUAUCAACCAAGUGUUGAUCACGACUGAACAUUUUCUGGUGACACAGUCAGAUUUUAAUAGCCCUUUAAACUGCAGUUGUCUGCACCCAUAGACAAGGUUUGGCACUGGUUUGACCUUCCAACACCCUACGGGCAGCUAAAACCAGUGCCAAACCUUGUCUAGGGGUGUAUAUAACUACAGUUUAAAGUGUCAUUGAAGUCUGACCAUUACCAAAAAACGUUCCCUUGUCAGGCAACUGGUGUUCUAUAAGUUUUUAUUACUCAAUGCAACAUAUAUCAGCUGUACUGAUUACAGUAUAUAUGUUUAGUAGAAUGCACACUGUUAAAAGAGUUUUGAAAAAGACAUACUAACUAUUUUAAUGGUGUAAUGUUAUGUGUUUUAGGUGCUCAAACUGUCUUGCUGAAAAGACUGAAUUGCUAUUAAAACAUUUGCUUUUUCUGUAAGAUGCAUCAAAGUUCCAUUCAGUAUAAUAGAUAGUUUUUCUUUGGUUUAAUAGUAUCAUUUGAAAUUUUGAGGGCACUAAAUUGUUCCUUUCGUCUUUCGAUGUUACUAUAUAUUUUGUUGUAAUACUUAUUUGGGACUUUAUACCUAACAGUCAAGAAUUUUUCACUGCUAUUAAAAAAAACAACAAAAAAGUUAUUUUAAUCUAGGUUUUGCAACUGUCUCUCUGCAGAUGCACUGUGAUGACUAUUUAAUUUUGUUUGUUAUUGAAUGCUGUGAUGCAACAUUGUCUUUUUGUUUAUCCUUUCCUUUUUUUUGAAUUAGGAGAUAACAGUUUUAUAGAAGGUUCCUAUAAUUGUUUUGUUGAUAGAAAUUUAGCUGGCAUGUGCUUCAUUCAUAUCAUCUUGCCUACUGCUGAUGCUGUCUGCAUGUGAAGUGCAGAUGUCUCCUUUCUGUUUCUUUUUGUUUUCAGAAAAGAAAACUUGUUGAGUUUAAACCUACACUUCAAUUCUUGUAUAUAUUAUGUGCCUUAGUUGUGCCUGAAGUGCCUUACUGUAACAUGAUUGCUCAGUGUAGUGCUUUGUACCCUUUAUAAUUCAUCAUAAAUAUUAUCCUAUUUUAUGGUAUUUAUUGACAAAGAAUAUAUUUCCUGAUUAAACUUUAAUUCUUUUGCCAUAACAGUGAACUUUUCUGUGCCAAGAGAAUGUGCUUCUCACUUGUUCGACGCAAUGCAAUGCAACUUUUCCUGUUCAAAUAUAUUUUUAAUCUAACAAUUUUGUAUUCAAAUAUUGUCUUUAACUGAGUGUCUAGUGGGACAAGUGAAACCUGCCUGAAAAAUGUUAAAACUCAAUAUUUUGCAAUUUUAUUUAAACAAAAACAAGCAUCAAAUAAACUGAUGGUAAACAUAACAA